AUGGAGCGCAUCAGGGAACUGCUGGGCAAGCACCACAAGCCGGAUCGGCAAGAGUACGAGCCUCUCGCCGAGGAAGGCCGGGAACUCGACGGCUCCACGCUGGAAGAAGACCCGGAGGAGGUGCCGUUCUCGUGGACCGAGUACAUCAUGUUCGCCUGGCUAGGCAUGGCGAUGCUAUGGGCCUGGAAUAUGUUCCUCGCAGCAGCCCCCUACUUCCAAGUCCGCUUCCAAUCCGACGUCUGGAUCUCUCAAAACUUCCAAUCCGCCAUCCUCACCGUCUCGACCCUCACCAACCUCACCGCCAUGCUCAUCCUCACAAACAUCCAAUACGCGGCCUCCUACCCCUUCCGCAUCAACCUCGCCCUCCUCCUCAACUGCGUAAUCUUCUCCUUCCUCACGGCCUCCACCUCCUUCGCCCUCGACGUCUCCCCGGGCGCCUACCUCGCCUUCAUCCUCCUCAUGGUCGCCUCUAGCUCCUGGGCCACAGGGCUCAUCCAAAACGGCGCUUUCGCCUUCGCCGCCUCCUUUGGCCGGCCCGAGUACAUGCAGGCCUUGAUGGCGGGCCAGGGCGUAGCCGGCGUCCUCCCGCCCAUCGCGCAGGUCAUCACCGUCCUCGUCGUCCCCGAAAAAGACAGCACCACCACCACAACCGCCCAAGACGACAUCAAAUCCUCGUCCUCCUCGGCCUUUGUCUAUUUCCUCGCCGCCGUCGCCGUCUCCGUCUCGGCCCUGCUGGCCUUCAUCCCCCUCGUCCGCCGCCACAACCGCAUCAUCGAAGCCCGCAUGGUCAACACCCUUGCAGAAUCCCUCACCUCAGUUGAAGAAGCCGAGCGCGCCGCCCGCAAGAUCGUCUCCCCGCUCACCUUACUCCGCAAGCUCCACUGGCUCGCCGGCGCCAUUUUCAUGUGCUUUUCGGUUGCCAUGUUCUUCCCCGUCUUCACGGGCAAGAUCCUAUCCGUCCGCUACCCAGGCGACGAAAAGUCCCCCGCCGGCAUCCUCUUCCGACCCGCCGCUUUUAUUCCAUUGGCCUUCUUCGCCUGGAACCUCGGUGACCUGUCCGGCCGCAUGGCCACCAUCCUCCCCUUUUCCUUACGCCACCGGCCCGCCGCCCUGUUCGGCGUCAGCCUCGCCCGCAUCGGCUUCCUACCGCUCUACCUCCUCUGCAAUAUCGGCGGCCGCGGCGCCGUCGUCAGCAGCGACUUUUUCUACCUGGUGGUCGUGCAGUUCUUCUUCGGGCUGACCAACGGGUGGCUCGGCUCGAGCUGCAUGAUGGCCGCGGGCGAGUGGGUCGAGGACGGCGAGCGCGAGGCCACGGGCGGGUUCAUGGGCUUGUGCCUCGUUGCUGGGUUGACGACAGGUAGUCUUUUGAGCUUUACGGCUGGCGGUAUUUAG